AUGUCGCUAGAUGUCGUGCACGUUCUCAACGAUCCAGUCCUGUUUGCAGAACAGGGCUGUUCGAUGAGAAAUGAAAUCCUGAACCAUUUGAGGCUGCAACACCAAGAGAAUGAGAGGCUUCAGGAGGAGCUGUUGAGAUCAAAAGCAGCUAACAAGGCGUUCCAACAGGCUUUGUCUGAGAUAGGAACUGUUGUGAUUUCUGUGGCUAUGGGUGACCUCAGCAAGAAGGUGCAAAUCCACUUGGUUGAGAGUGAUCCUGAGAUUUUGAAGGUGAAGAUAACCAUCAAUACGAUGAUGGACCAGUUACAGACUUUCGCCAACGAAGUCACGAAAGUUGCGACUGAAGUGGCAAACGGUGAGCUUGGAGGCCAGGCCAAGACAGAUGGAGCUGUGGGUGUUUGGAGAUCGCUUACAGAUAACGUGAACUACAUGGCGCUGAAUCUUACCAACCAAGUGAGAGAAAUUGCAGACGUGACAAGGGCAGUUGCCACAGGUGAUUUGUCAAGGAAGAUUAACGUUUACGCGCAAGGAGAGAUCUUGCAACUUCAAAUCACCAUCAACACCAUGGUGGAUCAACUGCGUAUGUUUGCAUUUGAAGUCACGAGGGUUUCUCGUGAGACUGGUGUAGAAGGUAGACUUGGAGGCCAAGCGCGUAUCAACGGAGUCGAAGGUAUAUGGAAAGAGCUCACCGAUAAUGUGAAUGCCAUGGCUUUGAACUUGACCAAUCAGGUGAGAAACAUCGCCAAUGUUACUACUGCCGUGGCCAAAGGUGAUCUUUCGAAGAAAGUGACUGCUGACUGUAAAGGUGAGAUUUUGGACUUGAAGCUCACUAUUAAUCAGAUGGUGGAUCGUCUACAGACAUUUGCCCAGGAAGUGACUACUUUGGCCACUGAAGUCGGUACCAAGGGUAUUCUUGGGGGCCAGGCCAACGUCCAAGGCGUUGAAGGUGCCUGGAAGGCUGUUACCGAAAACGUCAACAUUAUGGCUGCUAACCUAACGAAUCAGGUGAGGUCAAUUGCCACGGUGACUACAGCUGUCGCACAUGGUGAUCUCUCGCAGAAGAUCAAGGUUGAGGCUCAAGGAGAAAUCCUGCAGCUCAAGAGCACGAUCAACAAGAUGGUGGACUCCUUGCAAGGUUUUGCAAGGGAAGUGACUCGUGUAGCCAAGGAUGUGGGAAUUGAUGGUAAACUGGGUGUUCAAGCCCAAGUUUCGGAUGUUGAUGGUCUUUGGAAAGAGAUCACUACUAAUGUUAACACCAUGGCUGCUAAUCUUACGUCUCAGGUGAGAGCCUUUGCUCAGAUCACCGCAGCUGCUACUGAUGGUGAUUUCACCAGAUUUAUCACUGUUGAAGCUAACGGUGAAAUGGACGCUUUGAAGACGAAAAUUAAUCAGAUGGUUUUAAACUUGAGAGAGAGUAUCCAAAGAAACACGGCGGCCAGGGAGGCUGCCGAACUGGCCAACCGUGCCAAAUCCGAGUUUUUGGCUAACACCUCGCACGAGAUCAGGACUCCUAUGAAUGGUAUCAUUGGUAUGACCCAAUUGACUCUUGAAACAGAACUCACACAAUAUCAACGUGAAAUGUUGUCCAUCGUGCAUAACCUUGCCAACUCACUGCUGACCAUCAUUGACGAUAUUUUGGAUAUCUCCAAGAUUGAGGCGAACAGAAUGACGAUCGAACAGAUAGAUUUCUCUUUAAGAGGAACCGUUUUUGGCGCUUUGAAAACGCUUGCUGUGAAAGCGAUUGAAAAGCAGCUUGACUUAAUCUAUGAAGUUGAUAAUUCGUUCCCUGACAACUUAGUGGGAGAUUCCUUCAGACUCAGGCAGGUCAUUCUUAACUUGACCGGUAACGCCAUUAAGUUCACCAACUCAGGAAAAGUGACUGUUAGUGUGAAAAAGACUACCAAGAUUACCAACGACGAUACAAAGUUGCUUCUAGAAUUUUGUGUGAGUGAUACGGGAAUUGGUAUCAAGAAGGAUAAACUGGGUGUCAUCUUUGAUAACUUCUGUCAGGCUGAUGGUUCCACUACGAGAAAGUUUGGUGGUACUGGUUUGGGUCUUUCUAUUUCUAAACAGCUGAUCCAGCUUAUGGGUGGUGAGAUUUGGGUCACUUCGCAAUACGGCUCUGGCUCAAACUUUUACUUCACUAUCAUGGUCUCACCAGCUCAGAUUGACAUACGCAGACAGCUGGAGAAUCUUCUUCCUUUCUCCAAUCAUCACGUUUUGUUCAUCUCCACAGAGCAUGAUGAUAACGGAAGAGAACAGAUCCGUGCUAAUAUUGAACAACUGAAGUUACAGCCAGUGCUCGUUCACAACAUCAAGGAUGCCCAGCUAAGUGCACCAGUGAAGUACGAUAUCAUCAUCGUCGACUCCAUUGAAACCAGCAAAAACCUGAGAAUGCUUCCAGAAAUCAAAUAUAUUCCUCUAGUGUUGCUUCACCCAUCGAUUCCUGCUCUCAACAUGAGGUUAUGUCUUGAUCUGGGAAUUUCGUCUUACGGUAAUACACCAUGUUCGGUUACGGAUCUGGCAUCUAUUCUUAAGCCGGCUCUGGAAUCGAGGGCUGCUCCAUCAAACUCAGACGGCUCUGUCUCCUACAACAUUUUACUAGCUGAAGACAACCUGGUCAACCAGAAGCUGGCAGUCAAAAUUUUGGAGAAUCAUGGCCAUAAGGUUGAUGUGGUGGAGAACGGUCUAUUGGCGUUUGAAGCCACCAAGAAGAAGACUUAUGAUGUUAUUCUCAUGGAUGUGCAGAUGCCAAUAAUGGGUGGGUUUGAGGCUACUGCCAAGAUAAGAGAGAGAGAAAGGAAAAGCAAUCCGUUGAAUGUGAUGGCUUUCAGGACUCCCAUUAUCGCUCUGACCGCACACGCCAUGUUGGGUGAUAGAGAGCGGUGUAUGAAGGCCCAAAUGGACGAAUACCUCUCAAAGCCGCUGAAACCUUCUCUUUUGGUGCAAACUAUUGGCAAGUCCAUUCACAAUAUCAACCAACUCAAGGAGCUAUCCAAGACCCAGAACCUCAACUCCCAUUUUGCUUCUAGUAUGAAGAACCAGCUCAGCAGCAGCGAGAAUAGCGACAACAACGGAAAUGAGUCGUCUCAGUGCGUGUCGUCGAAUAUAUCUGAUCUUCACAGAAAGAAUGAGCUCUAUGGGAGAAUGGAUAUCGAUCCAGUGGAGAAGAAGCAUGCCCCACCCAUCAAUACCGGAAGGUCUAUUUCCGAAGGAAGUAUUACCGGGUCUUCCGAUUCUCACCCUAUCAGUCCAAUGAAACGCAAAUUGGACGAAGAUGAAGACGUUACCAUGUCAAUAUUCUAA